AUGCUUGACUACCCUGAGGACAAUACCGAUGAUGAACAAGAAGAACUGCCUUAUGAUGAUGAUCUGCAAAAUGUAUAUCCACAUAACUGUGAUUCGCAAAAUGUAAAAGAUUUCACUUCUAUAGAGAACACCUCUCAAAGUUUGUUCCCUUUGCCAUCUCUACAAAUUAGCAAUAAUUCAGAAGAACAAUCAAACGGUCACACACAACUGCAUCAAAGAACAAAGAUACAUCUACAAUCAUCUCCAAGGAAUAAUGGCACUGAAAUUGCUAUGGCAACAGAGAAGGAAUUACCAUCUGGGGAUUUUAACUGUUCAGGGACCAAUCCACAUUUCUCCAACUCAAACAUUUCAGAUGUCCUUUUACGUUACUUUCCCAAGGAAGAAUUAUCAAGUUCAUGCCAAUUAAUCGACUGUGAAACUAUUCCAGAGAUAUCACUUACUGAAAGUUUUGAUGAAACUAUCCUAAAUAAAAUUAAAAUGUCAGAAAAUACAAGGAUCUCUUCUCCCAAACAAAAAAGUCAUCUUGGAGAGAUACAUAGAGAAGAAAAAUGUGAAUCAAUUGAUAAAAGUUGGGAUUUGAUAGUAGGAAAGCAAUCUGUUGUAGAUGAGAGAAUGAAUUUCAGUUGUGUGAGAAAAGACUGCAAAGAAGACAAUCCACAAUUGGUAACUCAAAAGGAAGAUACAAUGAAUGAAGUGUUAAAGACAGAAGAAGAAUACCAAGAAAAAAAAUGUUUUCUGGAAAUGUCUGGUUCUUCUCAUAAAUUCAGAUAUGGUCAACGUCAGGUUAAUUAUCAGCUUCCCGAUUUCUCGAAGGUUGCUCCAAAGGUCAAAAUACCUAAAGGAAAUAAUAAAUGUACACCUGUGAUAAAGAGAACCAAAUCUUCUCCAAAUUUGCUUGAUAAAUCAAUAAUUGUUAAAGACAUUCUAGAAGAAAUGAAUUAUUUGGAUUGUGUUGCAAUGAAGAAGCAAGAAGUGGAAAUGAAAAUUCCUGAAUUUGACCAACAGCUAGAGUUGCUGACAAAGCAAGCUGAGGCUCAGAAUCGUAUUGAUCAUCAACGAUUUAAUGCUAAGAUGCUUCCUAGCCCAAAUUCUUGCAGUCCUAAACUUGGCAUUAAAGCAAGAAGUGGUGGAAUAACUUCUGAAAUGUCUACAGUUCCACCUGUUACAGUUCCUGUGAAGCCCAUGCUUGGUUUCUCUCAAACUUCUGUUUCAGAACUACCAUCUAGAAGAAUGGUCUUGCCAUUACCAUCAGCCGGUGCAUCAGCUGUGAGUCCUCCUCCUUUAUUGCAAAAAGCAACAGAAGGAGAAAUGUUCUCUCAGAUGUUAAAGGAACAGACGGAAGAGCUGAAAACAAAAGUAGAAACGUUUUCCAAAUAUAUGGCACAAGAUGUGCUUCCCCUUGAAGAACGCCAUCAGAUAUUAAAACUUUUAAAAGAGUAUCUCGACCAACUGGAAUGGAAUUAUUUAGACACGAAAGAGAAACAUUGUGCCUUACAUCUCCAGUAUUACAGGCACUCAUCAACAGACAUUGGAGAGUUUGAUCCUGACAGAAGAGUAGAGGGAGAAAUAUUUAAACUUGGAAUGCUGCUUGAAGAUAUCAAAGAGAAAAUUGAUAAGACGGGAAGUCCUAAUUACUCAACUUUUACAACCUCUCCCUCAUCCCCAAAAUGUGAAUCUGUGUGUUCCUCUUAUUUUAGUGGAACCGAGAGUCCAGUGAUUUCAAGCAUUAGUGAGUCUCCAUCCAAGACUGCUACUAGAGUGAAUAUUUUUAAGAAUGAAACAUAUGGAGAAAAUAGAAACCAUCCUGUGGAAGUGAUUCCCCAGAGAAAAUACCAGCAACCUACUCAGAGUGGUAGUUGUCAUCCUAUUCUUCAAGACCAGUUAGGACCACAAAAGAGAACGGUCUAUGAACAAAAAAUAGUGGAGCCUCUGGAAAAAUCAAGACUGCCAGCAAAAGAGCUAUCUACCCACAUCAUAUCUCCUGAUGGACAUGCAUUUUGUCCCACUAUUUUAACUCUUGUGCCCCACUAUUUUAACCUUUCUUCCCCCAUCAUAAAUUUAAGCUAUUGGGAAAUGAAAUCUCCACCUCCAGCCAAUUCCUACAGUGCAAGCAAUAAAGAAUCUACAGCUAAUCUAACAUUAUUGGAAAAACAAGGAAGCUUAACUUAUCCUUCAGAUCACAGAUUUCUUGAGGGGCUGGAAAAUUCUGCAAAGGAACAUAAUAUAAUUAUACACCCUAGACUAAAAAUACAGUUAUCAAAUAAACCAAAUAAACAAAUGCAUUCCUCGUCUUCCAGUAGAAAUAAUAAGACAGAGUGCAAACAAACUAACAGUGUGAAGGUAGACAAUGAAAGAUUUUCCAUCUUCUUAGAAGGAACAACAGUGGAUCUAGAUGUAUCAGCUUUACCACAAAGGGAUAGGAAAACCCAUUUUCACAGUGAAAGAAAAAUAAACAACUUUGAGAAGAGCAAUGAGUGUGCUAAUGCUUGUUCACAUAAGAAAAGCCUUGCCCUCCAAAGGUUUUAUUUCAACAAACAACCAGAAGAGUUUAUAUAUAAACUUUCUGACACACAAAACCUACAUAUUCCCAAAACUCACUACUCAAGGAUGCAUGAUACUAUUAUCCUUUCACCUCAAUACCUUGACAGUAGAAAUACCCAUGGAAGGUCAAUGAGUGAACUGAGAAACAAGCAUAUUGAAGACACAGAAUCAAAGAUCUUAAAUUCCACUUUGGAUGACGUUAUACAGACUGCAAACAACUUGAAGAAGACCACAGAACACAUGGUGCAUGUCAUUUCAGAAGAUUUAGCCAGAGCUAAAACUCAGACAUCUCCCAAUGUUACAGCUAACCAGUACUACAUCUGA